AUGCGAAUGAUGAAGUCAAGUCCCGCUGAACUUGUUGUGGGUUCAUCACAGGAUCUUGACGAUGAUUUAUCAGAUGUCGAAGAAGUCUUCAUUCGUGAUGGUAAAAAUGGAAAAUCACGUGAAAUUGAAAACAAACCUUUGAUGCCAUCACGGAAAAAACAUCAACAUAAAAAUUCAAAAACUACGCAACAAUUGAAAAUCCUUAAGAAACAGUACAAAAGAUCGCGAUGCUCGAGAUGUCUUGAACCGUUCUGCUAUGCUUUAUUGGUUCUCUUGAUCAUUCUUAUUCUUUCCGCUAUCGUACUGACACUUUUUCCAGUUCAAAAAUUGAAAAUUAUGUUCCAAAAUGCUUCGCCAAAUCUUUAUCAAGCUCUGAUAGAGAACAAUAUUGAUUCACAAGUAAUUGUAAAAGUACCAACAAUUGAACAAGUUCCAUGUCAAAACAUGGCUGUAACAAAAGUGUGGAGUCGAACAUUUGCGAAGCUUAAUUCAGAAGCACCUGUUCGAAAGACUGAUUUAGAUGGUGAUGGAAUUGAAGACUUAAUUGUGGGCUUUGGAGUUGACGAUUCAAUUGAAAUGGAAAAUUCCGAUGACAUUCCCCAAUGCACGUCUUCAGGUGGUCAGAUUGGACUUUGCGAAGGUGGAAUUAUCGCAUUAAACGGCGCUACUGGUGAUGUGUUGUGGAAGUUUUAUGCAACCUACGCAAUAUUUUCACUUUUCUGUAAAUUCGACAUCAACAACGACCAUACCAACGAUUGCAUUGUUUCGGGACCUGGCGGUCUUUUAGCAGCAGUUGAUGGGAAGUCAGGAAGAAUUUUGUGGCAACUAAAAGAAUUUAAUAUGCAAUCGCCAGAUGAAAUUGAUGUAAAUUCCGUUGAUCUUUACACGGUGAAUUUAAUGAGAGAUCUUGACUCAGAUGGAAUUCCUGAUAUUAUUGGAGCACACACUGAUGAUCGCUUUGGCAUUCGAGAAGGUCACAUUCGACUAAUUUCAGGAAAAUCUGGGAAGAUUUUCCGAAGCAUUCCGGCACCAUUCAAGGAAGAAAUCUUCGUUCCAAUUCAAACGCUUUCAAUGAAAGAUGGAACUGAAUUUCUUCUUGUUUUGACUGGUGGACAAAAUACAGCCGGAGGUGUCUACAAGAUUCGUUUAGAUUCCUUGAAAAACUUCCAAGAUGACAACGACUACACGACAAUUCAAAGAUCGUCAUCAGGUUUCCUUGUGCCAGCGAUUCUCACAGAUUUGACUGGCGAUUGGAUUGAUGACUUUGUAGUGUCGUCUUUUAAUUCAACAAUUUAUGCUUUUAAUGGAUUAACAAAUGCACUUCUUUGGACCUACUCAUUCCCUUCAUCCGAAAGUGUCAGUUCUAUAGUUCCAGGUCAUUAUGAUCAUGACAAUGUGACUGACUUCAUGGUGAAAUACAGUACGGGACCAGGAUUCCCAAUCUACUACUAUUCACAGACAACAGUCUUAAACGGAAAGAAUGGCGAAUCGUUUUUGGAUGCAAAAGUUACCGAUUCUGGUGGGCCACAUUCACUUCUUGGUGGAAUUUCAAUUGCACAAACUACCGGCGGUGAUUUUUUCCUUCAUUUUCAAAGUCAUUGUCGUGAUAAAUUCGAAAAUGCAAGAGAUCCUUAUAAGUUUGUUCCUGAUAGUGACAUAAUUCAACAAUCAAGAGCUGACAUUUGCAUGUUACGUUACAACACGUCGACUGUUGUUAAACUAAAUGCUGUAAGUAGACAUGUUGAACCACCAGGUGCUGUUAUAUUCACAUCAGAUGACAUUUCCCUUCAAUUAAAUCAAUCGGAUAAUCCAAAGCAAACUUCUUCACAAAAUGUCAACAUAAAGCAGCCGUUGAAACAUCCCAAAAUGAGAAUUAAAACACCUCAGAAUCGCUAUCAACCUCAGCCACCAAUUGAAGUGAAUAAAAAGCAAAGUAAUUUGAAUUCGCAACACCAACAAAGUCAACUCAUUCAAAAGUCACAAGAAGUUAUUCCUAAAAUGCGAAAAGAACCUCCACAGGUGGUUGUCAGUGAAGGUGAAAAACAAAAAGCUUUAAAAUAUCGUGAGGAACAAUUAAGUUUAGAUGUAGCAGCACGACGUGAAAAGAUGAGAGAAAGUGAAGCACCAGUUAUGGAAGGAUUUGAAGACGCUGAUAACACUGGAAAUUUUAAUGAGAUUAUGAAUAAAAUUUCCAUGAUGGAUUUACCACGCCAGUACAAAAUGAACCCGAAUCAAGUUCUUGAACCUAAUGGAGAUGUAAGAGUUAAUGACAAGCCCAAUGAUUAUGAUUAUUAUGACACUCAAGUCAAUCCUGGUCAACGCUACAUGCAAUCAAUGAGACGAAAUUGGAAUUCUAAUAAUCGUGGCAUAAGAAGUGAAGCUGAUUAUGGAAAACCUUUGUCAUAUCAAACACUUCAUGAUGUGGAAAAAGAAAGCAACAAGCAACAAGACGCAAACUCACAAACUGUUAAAAAAGUCUUGGAUGACAGUGAAGUGAAGAAGUCUUCACAACCAAUGAUGGAACCACGAGCUGAAACACUUUGGGAUAUCGAAAUAGAAAAGGAAAAUGUAGAAAAUCAUAAAAAUGGAAAUCGCAAGCGUCGAUCUUCACAACUUUUAAAUCAAAAUGUUUUACCAUCCAUAUCAUCAUCUGGCGUUCUAAUCGAAUCACUUAACAAAACAAAUAACACAAUUGACUUCGUCUUUGUUUUAAACGUCCGCGAAUCUGAAUUAUUUCCUCCAUUGCUUCUUCAGUCAGAUAUACAAUGUGUGGAUAAUAAAAUGUCAUCACUUGGCCAAUAUCCACAAGAAUCAGAAAUUGAAUGGCAGAAAAACUUCCUUAAAGAAUGUUUAAAGAAUCGUUUAAUGAACGCACAACAGCAGACUGAAAGCAUGCAAUCUAGACCAGCAUAUGAAACACAAAUUACCAUCAUACGUUUAUCAAUUUCAUGCACAUGCAACGAUUUAAAUCCACAAAAAGAAGUUUGUUCAUCUUUCAAAAAUAUUAAACAGCAAAAAUGGACGGAAUACAUGGGAAAUCAGCUUGAUGGAACUUAUAGUAAUUAAGAAUUUAUCAGAUUGAAUAUUUUAAUCACUAACAUAAAAGAAAAUUAACAAAAAAUGUGCAUGUGAAUUUAUUUAACGAAUGAGAUGAAAUAAAUUUUGAAGGUCGUUUAUAUGUAAAAGAAAAUAAACUUUUAUUCAUUUUAUGUUUCAUAAUCAUCAAAUUCUUGUUUCACUUCUUCUUUGACGAAGAAUCCUUGAUAGAAAUCAGGUUGGUGAAUUUCAUUCAUCAUCGAUUGAUGACUUUCAACGAUAUUCCUUAGUUCGGAUACUUUUUGUGUAAAAUUUCCAACAGUUUGUUGAUGUUUGUCGAAAAUUUCUUUUUUGAAAUAAUUGAAGAAGCAGGUUGAAGAUUCUCCAGUCAAAGCAAAGUAUGCUCGUUCAAAUGUCAUCAGAUCAACAUCAGUCUCAGUUUCACGAUCAUCGUUUGAAAGAAUUGUGACUAUUGAUUCCAUAAGAGACUUAAAGAAAUGAUCAACAGAAUCAGCAAACAUUGUUAACGACGAUUCACUUAUAUCCGUAUAAUCUGUCAGUCUUGUUAGUCCACAAAUGGAUUUCUUCAAAGCGAGCUGAACACAAGUUUUGUUGACUUUAUGAAUUUCCUUUCGUUUUCCACUUGUAAAAUUUGACGGAAUUGGAGGAAUGAAACAUAAUUUGUUGAAUUUAUCAUUGUAUUUUGGAGUUGAUAUUUGUUUUGGAAUCGCAUCAAGACUUUCCUUUAAUGUCGGCACCAGUUGUUGAAAAUUAUAUUGAUCAGAAAUUGAUGUGUCAAUGAGCUCUUGAAUCAUUUCCUGUUUUUGUUUUAGUCCGAUUAUUUGAUUGACUGUCUGGUUUUUUGAUGGAAGCUUAAUGUGAGUUUCUUUUGGUUCAAAAAAUACUGAUGAAUGUAAAAUUUUUAAUUCUCCUCUUUUAUCCAUCAUAAUUUCUUGAUCUAUUUCAAGUUGUUUUGCUAUUGUAGCUUCAUCUGGACUUUCAGAAAU